AUGUCUGUUCCAUCUCUUGCGAACGAUACUUCGGAUAAGCUGCUGAAGGUUAUAUAUCCCCUCUACAGUUUAGGUAGCCUGUCAGAUCAGGUUGCACAUGCUCAUAAGAAUGGCUUUGAUGCAAAUGCUUUAUACAAGCACAUUUUCAAGGUUGUUCAAAACAAUAGAAUGCAUCCACUAAUGGUCGUCAUCGAAAUAACAGAACUUGUUACAGAUGGCCUCUUAAAAGGAAAUAUUAGCGAAGAUGAAAUCGAAAAGCUUGUUCCCCAUGGAAAACAAAGGAUCAGAGGAUUGAAUAAGAAAUGGGGAUUCUAUACAAGAAAGAACGCCAGAGAGAAGGAGAAUCUUCGACCAGCUACUCUGACAUAUUGCAGAAUGAUUUGUUUAUUUCCUCAAAUUGCUAGUCUGACAUUAUUUCGUCAUGGCCAUUCUUGCUACUUCGCAAACAAAUUUCCUAAUGAUGCAGGAAUAUAUCCAGCACAGACUUUCAAGCUUCCUAUGGCAAUGAAGCAUUUGGGUUUUGGUGGACUUAUUCCGAAUGGAGUAAGUAAUGCGCUUUAUAAUAAAGUUCUUGAGGUUCCUAGUUUAGCUUUCAUGGUUGAAUUCAACCUUAUGGGAAACCCUGACCGGAAUGAGACUUUUUCGGCUGCGUAUGAAGAUCAGAAGCCUUACAUGAAAGCUGCCAAGGGUGGUCCUAUAAUUGAUACUGACAGGAUCGCAUUCUUGAUAAUGCUGGAAUUGGAACUGUUGAAGCAGUGA